GUACAUGUAUUUCACUACGGUGCAGGAUCGCUCAGCUAAAAUUGAAGGUGCCUCUCUGGAUGGGACAGAGCGUGAAUCCCUCUUCACAACCGGCCUGAUCCGACCUGUGGCUCUGGCGCUGGACAAUAAGCUGGGCAAACUGUUCUGGGUUGAUGCAGACCUGAAACGAAUUGAAAGCAGUGACCUGUCUGGGGCCAAUCGGAUUGUUCUCCAGGACUCAAACAUUCUUCAGCCAGUGGGCCUGACGGUGCUGGGUGAUCACUUGUACUGGAUUGACAAACAGCAGCAGAUGAUAGAGCGAGUGGACAAGCUGACUGGAGAGAAGAGAACCCGCAUUCAAGGCCGAAUCCAGUACCUGACCGGCAUCCAUGCUGUGGAGUACAUGGAACCUGAAGAGUUUGCAUCCCAUCCCUGUUCCCGUUACAAUGGAGGCUGCUCUCACAUCUGCAUCACUAAGGGUGACGGGACGCCACGCUGUUCAUGUCCCAUGCACCUGGUGCUGCUGCAAAACCUGCUCAGCUGCGGAGAGCCUCCCACCUGCUCCAGCGAACAGUUCACCUGUGCCACUGGCGAGAUCGACUGCAUCCCCAUGGCGUGGCGGUGUGACGGCAUCGCGGAGUGCGCAGACCACAGCGACGAGAUGAACUGCCCCAUCUGCUCUGAGGUUCAGUUCCAGUGCGACAAAGGCCAAUGUGUGGACGCCCAGCUGCGCUGCAAUGGGGAACAUGACUGCGUCGAUGGCUCUGACGAGCAGGAAUGCGACACAAUUUGUAUGCCUAAUCAGUUUCGCUGUGGCAACAACCAGUGCAUUCUGAAGAAACAGCAAUGUGACUCCUUCCCAGACUGCACCGACAAAUCUGAUGAGCUAUUCUGCGAUUCCUCCUCAACUCCCAACGACCUUCCGCGCCACACCAGCACCAUCGGCCCUGUCAUCGGCAUCAUACUUUCUGUCUUUGUGAUGGGAGGCAUGUGUUUUGUGUGUCAGAGAGUUGUGUGUCGCCAUUACAAGGGCCCCAAUGGAGGAUUCCCACAUGAGUACAUCAGCGGGACCCCUCACGUCCCCCUUAACUUCAUCGCACCCACAAAUACACAGCAUGGUACUUUCACAGGUAUUUCCUGUGGGAAAUCCAUGAUGAGUUCGGUGAGUCUAAUGGGCAGUAGUAGCAGUGGGGCGCCUCUCUAUGAUAGGAACCAUGUGACUGGCGCUUCAUCCAGUAGCUCUUCCAGCACCAAAGGAACUUUCUACCCUCAGAUGCUGAACCCUCCUCCAUCACCAGCGACAGAUCGCUCCCUUUACCACGCAGAAGUCUUUUAUUCGUCCAACAGCCCAUCCACAACCAGAUCGUACAGGCCCUAUAUGAUGCGAGGGGGUGCACCGCCCACCACCCCCUGCAGCACAGAUGUGUGCGACAGUGACUAUACAACCAGUCGGUGGAAAAGCAAUAAGUACUACAUGGAUCUAAAUUCAGACUCUGACCCCUACCCCCCACCCCCCACACCGCGAAGCCAAUACAUGUCAGCGGAGGAGAGCUGCCCUCCCUCGCCCUCCACUGAACGCAGCUACUUCCACCUGUGCCCCCCGCCCCCUUCACCCUGCACGGACUCCUCAUGACACCUGGCCAACAGCCACACUUUGUAAAUAGUUUAAAAUAUUUUAAAAUAAAAGAUUUUAUUUUAUUAUUUUCCACACGCUUGUACAAUAAAUAUUUCAAGCUCUUCGGGAGGGACAGGAAGUGGGUUUCCAGAAAUUCGCCCUGAACAAAUGUCCAGCGGUCAUACCAGAAAGAUUUUUGGACAGCCUGCACGUAUAAAUUGUAUUAUUACAAUACUUUAACUCUUUAAGUUCUCACUUUUCCUACAAGCUCUUCAAAAUGUGAGUCUGUUAACUAUCAACUGAAAUGCAAUUAAUUGAACUGUUUCAGGAUAGUUCAAAUGAUUUAAUCUUCAUUUAUUUAGCAUAAUACCAAUUUAUAAAAAAAGAGUUCAAUUGCUCUGAGGUAGUAUCAAACCAAAUCGUCAAAAUAACACCAAAAUCAGCAGUUGCGGAGGAGUUGUAAAAAUUUGUAAUUAGGUAAAUAAUUAUACAUUUUUGUCAUAAUGGUCAUGAGGUGUUCUUUUGAUUAUGUUCUAUGUGAAUAUGAUACGAUUCCAAGUAUAUGUUUGGUUUGUUCUGUUUACCAAAUGUGUGUUUGCUGCUAUUGUACAAAUAACUUUUACUGUAAAUAAUGACAAAUGAAAACAGCCAGCUAAAACAUGUUAAUGUUUAUAAUGAAACUGACCAUAGACCAUUGUAAAAUUGUUUUAAUUGUGAUGUUAUUAAUCUCUCAUGGCAAAAGAUCUUCAGCUUUGGUUGUGUAUAGUCAUAUCUGAAUAUACAUGUGAAGUGCCAUUACUUUGAAGGAGUGAGCCUUGAUUUACUUUGGCACAAAGAAAUGUUGUUUAUACUUCUGUCUUAAAGAGGCAGACAGUUGCCUGCUUUCUAGUAAACUAUUUGUAUCAAAUUGUACUGAACUCGGUGUAGGAGUCUUUUAAAGAACUAAAAAUAAUUAUAUUAAUAAUAAGGUUUAACUAAGCUAUAAUUUGAAUAAAAUAGUAUGUGGUUAAAUGUACCAUAAUACUAUGGUAACAAACUUUACUUUCUUUACUUUCUUUCUUUUUUUUCAAAUGCAAAAAAGUGUGGUGUUAGGUUAAGCAAAUUUCAGACUUUUUAAAAAGUAAAAUAUGACUGAAUUUCUCCAUUUUUACAUUAAUUUAGAAGAAUAGAUUUUUUAUUCGGGUUAAAACAUUACUUGUCGCACACAUUGAAAUGCCAUGUAUGUCAGUUUGAUCAAAUGAUCCUGAAAUGUAAAAUUUUGUUAUAUUGCCAAAUUGAGCACUUAUAAAAAUGAGAAUUACUAGAUAUAGAAAUAUCUAGGGGUGAUCAUGUCAGUUGUAAGAAUAUAUGUAUCUACAUCUCUCAACCCUAUCAAAUUACAUUAUUUGUUUUUACAGCCAUACAAGUAAGGCACAUAACCGUGUCUUUUAAGGCAAAAUGUGAUCCCAUAAAGAAUAGUCAUUCUCGAAAUCUCAAGACCCAGCUUAACAAGUAAUGCAAAUUUUCAUCAUUAAGCUAUAGUUAUGAUCACCCUCAAGGUCAUUUUAACAAGCUGUCAUCUGCCGUGAAUGUGACUGAAUUUACUUUAUUUGUAUUCUGAACCACUUUUAGCAGGUCAGCGGUUUGACCUGUAGAUACCAUCCACACACACUGACGGUUCUUUGCUUUUCAGUGCACCAUCUAUGUGUUUUGUGUACAAAUGCCUCAUAUAAUGCACACUUGUGACAAUUUUUGUAUCAAAAGCAUUUUUAUGUAUAAUAAAGGUUCUAUUUUAA